AUGAAUCGAAACUCUCAGUCAACCUGUCCAAAUCAGUCAAUUAGUACUGAUAUUAGUAAUAGUAGCGGGAAGAAGAAGAUCAAUGAGGGUGUCAAUGAUACUCAUAACGAUAAUAAUAAUAAUAAUAAUGGCAAUAUGAAUGUAACCAACUCUCAUUUAUGCAACGAUGUUAACAAAUUUGGCUUUAUUAUCCAAAGUCAAACUCGGGAUCUUAGUUAUCCAGAAAAUGUGGUAAGUGACUUUUAA